AUCUGGUAUGUGUUUCUGGUCUUGGAGUGGAACUGCACAUUAUUGGCGAACACUUGCCAUGGCGGAUGUUUGAGCGCAAGUGGCCCCGGCGAGCCCCUCCUGCUCAGCUUGAGCCACUUUCAAGGCACGAUCGAAGUGUUACCGCUCAUUUGAGAGAACUUUUGGGCGACCCACCAAAGAUUCCUCCGCCAUCUCGGAGUUGGCAGACUGAGAAGACGAAUGGCAAGGCGCUCGAGGGCGACGGCGAUGGUCGAUGCCAAGGACGUGACCAAGGCCUAGGAUGUCGGAAAACGAGAGAUGUGGAAGAGGAAAUCAGAAACAACAUGAAACAUAUGUUUUCAGUUAGAAAGUAAAGAAUCAAGAACGAUUUGGAGAGGGAGAUGUGGAGAAAAGAACAGCUUCUCCAGGAGAAGCUUCAGUGACUUUUCAGCAUCAGGAGAUCGAAGUGGAGCCAGACAUCACCCUGCAAAAAGCCCUUCGGAAGGAGCUUCGGGCGGCUUUGCGCUCCUGUUCCAGCAUUCAGGUGCUGGAUGCUACGUUGACUGCAGCGCGGGGCAAGGGUCGUUGUCCACGAGAGAGCAGGCGAAUCCUCAAGGUUCUGAACGCUUUCUGGCAUUCCCAGGGGCGACGGCGGCGACGGUCGGCCAUGAAGCUCAUGUCCCAGGCAACUGUCACAGGGCGAGCAUCGCCGCUUCGCUUUGGCUGACAAAGGCCAAAGAAAGAAGGAAUUGUUCUUCACACCACGCAAAGCCACUGUAGGAAGGAAAAGUGAACUUCCUCUCUUGGCAUCACUACAGCAGUUGGUUGAAGCCCCGUCGGAGGACUUGGAGAAGAUCAUCCGAAAUGCCUUCCGACAGGUAGCUCGCGGCGGAAGGUUGAGCAAAGAGGACUUGCCGAAAGCAUUGCGCCAUUGUCGAUUCAAGGAUAUCAAAGAGGAAUGGGUUGACGAGAUUUCCGAGGGCAUUACGAUGGUACCCUUUCUUGGAGCGGAGGAGUUUGAGAACUUUGUGAACGAGUACACUACUCGGCAGCAAGAGGCCUAUGCAGAGGCCUUCAGGAAGUUCGAUGUGGACGAUAGUGAGCAAAUCAGCACGGAAGAACUUCAAGAGGUCUUGCGCAGUUUGGGAUUCGUGGUUCCACCCAGCCUUGUUGCAGAGAUCAUGGAGAAGGUCGACUACGAUGGCUCUGGCGAGCUUUCCUUUGACGAGUUCGAAACGCUUAUGAAAUUCCUGGAGGAGUCGGACGGAUUCCCACAGGCAGAACAAGAUGAGCACCAGGUGGUCUUCAAGAAAUUUAGCCGCGAGGGAAAAGUUGACAUCCAGGCCUUUGCCGCCGUGCUACAUUGGCUUGGGCAUCCUGAGAGCAUCCAGGAUCUUCAAGAAAUCUUUCAAGAUGCCGACAAAGAUGGUGGUGAUUCCUUGGACUACAAUGAGUUCGUCCUGGCCAUGAAAGCAGUUCGAGAUUUGCAAAUGAAGCGUUUGAACACCGUCUUUGAGGAGAGUGACAAGGACGGGAACGGGACCUUGAAUGUGAAUGAACUGGAAAACGCCCUCAAGGUGUUGAAGUAUGACUGCGAUUCACAAGUGGUUGCGGAGGUGGUGGCAGAAGUCCGGGAUGUGAGGUCGCAAUUGCGGUCUAGCCGAGUUGUUGAUUUGACCUUCGAAGAUGUCAUGGACUUCCUCCAAAGGUAUCGAAAUCGUGAAGGUCUUUCUCUCAAGGAACUUGAGGAUUUGGCCGCCGCCUUCCGGCACUACGAAUACGAGAAUAGCCAUGCAGUCCAAUGUCGUGAUACCUGCAAAGUGCUAAAUAUAUUUGGCUGCGAGCUGGAACCAGAGGAGGUCGAAAGACUUGCUGCGAAGGUGGAUGUGGACAAUUCCGGUCAUUUGAGCCUGUCAGACAUGAAGAAGGUCUUGAGGAUGGAGAAUGAGGAUUCAUUGAAGAGAUUUCGUGAGGCAUGGAUCUCCAACAACGGUGGCUCAAACGGAGAGAUCAGCAAUCAGGAGGCUAUGCAGCUCUUCAGUGAGUUGCAACUUGAGAGCAAAGGUGCUUCGAGCAGCUUUGAGUUGGGCCUGCUUUCGGCGUUUCGUCAAGGUGGUGGUGGCUACACCUUGGAGAGCUUCGUACGGACGUGCGUGAAGCGGAAGAAGACGAGACAACAGGAGACAAGGUCUUCCGCCAAGCAAGGACAAGAGCACGUGAAUGGAAGGUUCUCGACUGUGCAGACCCACUCCAAGCUGGGAAAACUUCGAGCGAACUGAAGCAAAAUGCUUGUUCUCUUCGAUCCAAACUUAGCGCGGAAAUGAUGAAGGAGCUCCUUUUAUCCUUCUUUUAUCCUUUUUAUCCGCCAUUCGCUUCACACGAACGCGGCGGAGCUUUGCGACUUGGCGCGCGCGUUCGAUCCAAAGGAUCCGAAAGCGGCG